GGCUGAAGGGGCGUAGCGCUCUGGAAUGGGCUAUGAGGAGAGCUUCCCGAAUCCCAGCAGCUCGUGUGGGCUGGGGGUGGUGCCGGGCACGGCAGAAAGGCCACGGGAGCUCCCGUACCCCGGCUACCGCUGGGAGUGGCGGCGCGCCCCUCGCCGUGCGGGCCGUGGGCAGGGCCGCGGCUGAGCCCGGCAGCAGGAGCGGCUCUGCGGACCCCCGGGCGUGCCCUGGGCGGGCCCGCGCCGCGGUAUUUGACGUCUAUGUUUCGUUGUUUGGUGUUUGCUUUGGUUUGUUUCCUCUGUGUAGGAAUGCUUUCUGGAUGAGGAACGGGACAGCGGGCAGCUGGUUGGAAAAUAACCUGUUGAGGUGCUGCCAGGGAACAGCUUUGCCGUGCAAGAAUUCCCCCUGCAGCGCUUCCACGCGGGCCGGCCUGCCCGCUCCCGGCUGUUGGCGGCAGUUUGGCUGGCUGUGCCAGCCCCGGGCCAGCGGCUGCUGCCGCUGGGGAAGCCUGUCCCAGCCUUAGGGAACGGCACCACACAGGUCCCUGCAUGGGGUCGCAGCGUGGCGCCCAAAGAUGCCGAAGUCUGUAGGUUUUCACUCCGUGAACGGGGACCUGCACGAAGGAGGACGAGGAGGCGCACGUAAAAGAUUCGGUUCAGAUCGGCUUUCCCAGCUUCCCUGUUACCUUCUGGAGCGUGUCCUGCAGUUACCUCUGGGCACAGCAGCCACAGCACAGGGAUUGAAUCAUCCAUCAGCAAGUAUUCCUAAUAAAGCCAAAAAUUUACACAGAAGAGUGACUUAAAAAUAGGAUGCAUUCUACUUAGGAAGAUGACAUUUGUUUCAGAGAGCCCUACAUUGCAGACAGUGAGCAUUGGAUCCUAUGUGUACUUUUGGAAAAAGCUCACUGGAGGCUGGAAAUCCCUCUCAGCAGAAGCUGAGAACCAGGAAAAGGACAAGCGGAAACAUAAGAAAGAGUGCACAUCCUAGAAGUGAUAAUGUGUCUUGGCCUGCAAUCUGCAGAUUGAAAUGCAGAUUGGGCUCCAGGUUGGAGGUCGAGACAAGAGGCCAUGAAUUCCCAGCCUUUGGGACAACAAAGGACAUGAAGACAGGUGACAGCAGCCAGGAGAAUGGACAACUGAGAGUAACAGCCGGUGACUGCCGACCUUUUGGAUAAGGCGACGCCAGUGCGAUGGAUGAACAGAGCAGGGAGGCAGGAGAAGACGAGAAGGAAGAGCGGGACUGACGCCCUGGGGACACUCUGAGGUUAUAAAACGCCGGGGGUUCUUGGGCUUGAGGGCUUUGGAAGUAUUUGGGUGCGCACUCCGCUGGCCAUGCUGCGGAGCUAUAGGGUGUGGUUACUGUAACAGGAAAAGGCGCCAGCGAGUCAGGGGCAAGGCCGGGGGCUCAGGUGUUUGCGAAGCCGCUCGCCUGCCUCGGCGCCCCGGUUCCCCGUAAGCUCAGGAGCGCCGGGCAGAGCGCAGGCAGCGGAGGCGCCGCUGCCUGUGCCGGGCCGAGCGCGGCUCCCGCGGCCUCAGCCCAGAGCCGCCCUGCUCCCCGCGGGGCUCUCCCGGCCUCGCCUCCCUUUCGCUUUCGUUUUCGUUCUAACGCGACCGGCACUGCGGGAAACGAAACUGGGCGGGGUCUGCGCAGCGCUCCGGGCCGAGCCGGCUGCUGGAGCGUCCGCGGGUCCCGGAGCGUCGGCAGCAGCUCGGAGCAUCUAUUGAAGAUUGUGUCAAAAUGGAUCGUGAGUAUAUGACGAAGAUCAACCGUUACAGUCAAAUACAUAAAUGUACAGUGGUUUAUGACACCAUCGAUAAAACGGGCCCAGACCAUGAUCCUGAGUUCACAGUUGUUGUCAAAAUAAAUGGUGAGGAAUAUGGUAGAGGCACUGGUAAAAGUAUAAAAGAAGCGAAAGCAGUAGCAGCAAAAGAAACAUGGAAAAUGAUUGAGGAACAGUCUAAGAGUCCCUCAAAUAUGGCAGCUGCAGAUUUACCAACAGCUCAAACAACCUCAGCAACCUCAUCACCUGCACCAGACAAGGAUUAUGUCAGCCUAUUAAAUAUUUAUUCACAAAGGACGGGUUACACAGUUGAUUAUACUAACAAAAAUCGUACUGGAGAUCCCCAUGUUCCCACGUAUUCUAUUAGCUGUACAAUUAGUGGUCAUUUGUGUGGAAGGGGCACUGGACCUUCCCUAGGUGCUGCAAAACAAGCUGCUGCAAAGGAAGCAUAUGAGAAGAUGGAAACCGAAAGAUCUUAUAACAGCAAUUCCUCUCAAGUGCCAUCUGAGUCUGACUCAGAUCCAUUAUUUUUCAGUAAAAACACCGUUUGCUUUGCUAACUCAUCUUCAAAGUUGGUAGAAAAAAUGAAAGACAUGGCAAUAUGUGAAAAGCCUUCACCUUCUCAGAGAAAUGCACAAAGGUCUGUCCCAGAGACCAAAAGAAAAUUGGCAGCUAAUUUUGCUAAUGUAAGAAACAAGGAAGAGAAAAAAAAUACGUCAGAUUCCAAGGAAGGUUUGCCAGAUGUGGACACAAAUACUGGAAAAGAGAAUGGGAGUCCACACACUGUCAAUAAAACAUUUCUCGAACAGUAUGAAAAAAUAAUGCCUAUUGGUGCAGGUGGUUUUGGGAAUGUUUUCAAGGCAACAUCGAAGUGUGAUAAGAAAACCUAUGCAAUCAAACGAGUUGAAUUCACAGAGAAAGUAGAGCGUGAAGCACAAGGACUGGCAAGACUUUCCCAUGAGAACAUAGUGCGCUAUCAUAGCAGCUGGAAAGGGUACGACCGUAUCAAGUACCCAAACUCAAGCUGGAAUUCAUACCAAGAAAUUCUCUGUCUUUUCAUCCAAAUGGAAUUCUGUGAACAAGGGACAUUGGAAGAGUGGAUUGUAAAAACUUCCAAAGACCGAAAGUAUCAUGAAAUGGCACAAAACAAAUUUUUACAAAUAGUGAAAGGAGUGGAAUGUAUUCAUUCUGAAAAGUUAAUUCAUCGGGACCUCAAGCCUCAGAACAUAUUCAUAUCACAUGAUCAAAUAAAAAUAGGUGACUUCGGUCUUGUGACUUCUGUGGCAUUUGAGACUCUGACUGAGAACAGAGGAACAAGAUCGUAUAUGGCACCAGAACAGACUGGGGCCAAAUAUGGAAAGGAAGUAGAUAUUUAUGCAUUGGGAUUAAUUUGGUUUGAAAUUCUUUCAGCGAUCACUGCUCAUGAAAAAAGUAAGAUAUGGCCCUCUGCUAGAAAAGGUGAACUUCCAGAGUACUUCAACAACAGAUUUCCAACAGAGGCAUCCAUAAUCAAAAAGAUGCUUUCAACAGACCCUUCAGGAAGAAUCACUAUAUCUUAUUUACUUGACCUUCUUAAGUCUGCUGAUAAAGAGAAGGCACUUAGAAAUUAUUCUUAUUGAAUGUCCUUUCACACUGUGUUAAAUCCAGAAUUUGAUGAAUUUAUUACAACUGAUGAAAUGACAACAGAUGUCAAAAGCAACAGCAAGACUUGGGGUGUGUCUUUUCCUUGGCCACUUCACCAUUUAUAUCUGCCAGCUGCAACCAGGACAGGGCAAGUCUGCAAGAAAUCAAGAAAUCACACGCAGUUUUUACCUGGAAACAUAGGUUGUGGAUGAGCUGGACUGUUUUGUACAAUAAGUACCUGCUCCUUUUCCCCUCCAAGAUCAUGUUGAUGUGCUAAAGUGCUAACUGGGUUGUGCCAAAUCCCUGCAUGUGCUGCACCCAUUAGCCCUUAAGGUUAUCUAUUGCUUUCCAUGGAAGAACUGCUGUCUGGUGGUAUGUGACUCAAACCUUUCUGAUUUGUUCAGUGAUAUUGUUAAUAAUUACUGGACUGCUCCAUUAGUCCCAAGACUAGUUUUGGCAGAAAAGGAAAUAGGUGCACCUUAUUCUUCACUGAAUUUCAGUACUCUAAGUUUUCUUAUCUCUCCACAGCUGCUGAUGACCUAGCACCUUCAGUGCUCUAGAAUUUAAACUUGUAAAAUGAGGAUUUCUUUAAAUGUUAAACAUUCAGCUUCUAGGAAAUCUAAUUUAGAACAAAUCUCAAUUUUGGAAAACUUUAGGUUUUUAUGGUUGUCUUUUUUGGAAAGGAACAUUCAAGGUGCUAUUAAUAUAAGAAAAUUCUCCUCAUUAUAGGAAAAUUGCCUCAGUAGUAACCAUUUGAAAUCUUAGGCUGAAAGAGCACUUUAAACAUUCCCAUGCUUCUAGGUUUUAGUCCCUUAUUGUAAUACUGAGGCAUGCCUAAUCCUGAAUAACUGUACUUAGUACCUCUGGUGUGCUCACUGCCCCACAAAAGGGAACAGUAGGUUCUCUGCUACUCUUCAUUUGUGAAAAGACAGGUGCUUGUCUUUGAGCUCUAUCUUGUCAAACUGUUCAUUGAUGUGAGGUCAACGUAACUCCGUAAAGGCAAAUGAGCAGAGAUUUCUAAACAAAAAAUAGGUAAUAUGUGAAAUACUGUAUGCUUUUUCUGAUAUGUUAAAUGGGUUAAAAGUGGGUGACUGCUCUAAAAGAAAUAGUACAGUAUUUAUAUUCUUAGGGAAAUUACUGAUGUUCUGGUGCAAGUAUUUGUUGCUAAAUAAGAAUGUGAUUGUAUACUUUUUAAGGCCUUACACUGUUUUCUUUUUUUCUCUUUAUCAUGAAUGACAUAUAUAGAAUCAUAGAAUGGUUUGGGUUGGAAGGGACCUUAAAGAUCAUCAAGUUUGAACCAUCCCUGCCCUGGGCAGGGACACUUUCCAGUAGAUGACAUUACUCAAGGCCUUGUUUGAACAGUGCCAGCAAUGGGGUAUCCACAGCUUCUCUAGGAAACCUGUUCCAGUGCUUCAUCAUCUUCAUAGUAAAGAAUUUCUUCCCAAUAUCUUAUCUCAACCUUUCACUUCGAAGCCAUUCCUCCUUGUCCUGUCACUACAUGCCCUUGGAAAAAGUCCCCUUCCAGCUCUUUUCAGCCCCCUUUAGGUACUGAAAGGCUGCUCUAAGGUCUCUGCAGAGCCUUCUCUUUUCCAGGCUGAACAACUCCAACUCAAGCAACUUCAUUUGCCAGUUCCCUCAGGACCAGUGGAUGCAUGUCAGCAGGUCCCAUGGACUUGUGCACCUCUAGGUUCUUCAGAUUUUCUUGAAUCUAAUCUUCCCCUUGACAUCCCUGGCCAGAUUGAAUUCCAUCAGGGCUUUAUGCUUCCUAACCUUAUCCUUGACUGGAAUUCAUAAAGUAUUUCACUAUGCUAAACUAAUGAGUAUUUCUUUGCAGUGGUCAAGAUCUGUGAGAAAUUAUAUAUCCUUACAGACAGAACACUACUAUUGCUGAUUUCUCUUCACUUUAAUCUAUUGGUUAUAUAAAAAUAAACAUAUAAAAUAUGUUUAGUCUAUAAAAAUAAAUUUGACCUAUAUAAAUAUCUAAUUGUUUUAUCUACUUAAAGUUAACACAUACUUGGAUUUGAUGAUCUUAAAGGUCUGUUCCAACCUAAACAAUUCUAUGAAACUAUUCAUAAUAUGAAAAUGGACAAUCUCUUGGCUGCAUUUCCUUUACAGUUUUUGGACAGAGCAAAGUAGUAUCAUUACUUUCUUGCUGUUAAGUAAUACUGUACCAGUUUGUAACAGUAGUUUGCACCAGGAAUUUUUGAUAUAUUUUCCCUGCAUAGUAUUUGUACAUUUCAGCAUUAACUUUUUAAAAAUGGCUAGUUAUAGUAGCAACUGCUGUUACCUAAAAAUAAAAGAUCUAUUAAAAUGUAUUUUAUGUAAAAAAAAUGAAAACCCACCAUCAUGAUCUAAUUCUAUUUAAUUAUGGAAAAUAUUCAUCUUUAUAUACAACAGAAUAUUGGUUCAAGUAAUGUCACUGUCAUGUUUCACAAGUGGUUUUUUUUUCCCCACCAAGUUUAAGAUAGUAAGCAAAACCAGUCUGGUAUUUAGGCAUCUCUGUAAAGAUGAAAAAACCUGGUUUAACACAUUAUGCAAUAAAGUGAUUGGCCAAUAAUUAUGCCUUUACUCAUACUUAAAUUUUAUUACCAGCUGGGCAGCGCAUAAACAAAGAUGUGAGAGACUGAACCUACCUCUCAAUUAUGUUAGUUCAAUUACAAAUACCAACUCUUAAUUCCUAUUAAAUUGUGCAUCAAACAGAAAAUAUGAAUUUAGCUUGAAUUUAGCUUGUCAACUUAAACUCUUCUUCUGCAUACUUUGGUAUGAAUUCUUGAGUAUGUCAUAGCUUCAAGCCUUUUAAAAGAUACUAUGAAUUAUACAUACUUAUCUAGGGCUUCUUCCUUUAGACUGGCUUUAGUCAUGAUCUGCAGCACUGUCUCCGGGACAGUUUGAAGAUAAAUCUUCAGAGUCUACAGGAUAAGCAGGAAAAAAGUGAGUAGUUGCAGCUCAGGGAAGGAAAAAAUGGUUGCCAGAAUUAUUUCUAGAAUCCAUGUAGAACAAAUUAAAUAAAAUUCAAGGUUUACAAGUUAGUAACUCUCAAAUUUGUUUAAAAAAAAUUUAAAAACAAAGAUAAAUUCUACUCUCUUUGGUAUUGUGAAAGUGGAUGGUGUUCUGAUUGUUUCAGAAACACCUGCCAACUUUUGGAGCUUUUCAUGGUAUUGGUUUUAAUAUCUGAAUUCUGUUUUCUCAAAACUAAUUAAAUUUUAAUAUCAAUUCAAAUAAAUUUCAGUAUGGUUUGCUGUG